UAUAUAACUCAAAACGCUGAAAAAAAAACUCAAUAUAUAUACAUAGGUUACAAAGCAGGUACAAAACAAAAACAAAAGCUUAAAGACACACACGAUUUAAGAUCUUGCGUAGAAAGAAACAAUUAUUAUCAUGGAAGCUAGCAAGUUGAUGACAUUGUUGUUCUUUUAUGUAUUUUAUUUUGCCAUAUUCCCUACCGUGAAGGCUAACAUAGGUCACAUGGACCAUGUCUGGCAUAAGCGAUUGUUGGAAGCAAGGGAAGCUGCAAAGCAGGCUUAUCAUCCAGAUCCCAUGAAAGUCACCGAGGAAUUCAAUGCACACGUCAUUAGAGCUGUGGAAGGGUCGAAUAGCACAAGAAGAGGGUUAAAAUACAGUGGUCCAUGCAAGGCUACAAAUCCCAUUGACCAAUGUUGGAGAUGUGACCCAGAUUGGGAGAAAAACCGCAAGAAGCUUGCAGAUUGUGUUUUAGGAUUUGGCCACGGCACAACGGGAGGAAAAGAUGGCAAAAUUUACGUGGUAAGCGACAAUUCCGACGAUGACCUCGUGAACCCUAAACCAGGGACAUUGAGACACGCCGCGAUUCAGAAAGAGCCAUUGUGGAUCAUUUUUUCCAAAAACAUGAAAAUCAAGCUUAAGGCUGAGCUCAUGUUGACGGAUAACAAGACCAUAGAUUCACGCGGCGCCAACGUUCACAUAUGCAACGGUGCCCAAAUAACGUUGCAGUAUGUGAAUAAUAUCAUCAUUCAUGGCCUGCAUGUUCACGACAUCAAGAGAUGCAGCGGUGGCCUCAUAAGAGACUCCAUGAGUCACUAUGGAAUCCGCGCCAUGAGCGAUGGUGAUGGGAUUUCGAUUUUCGGAGCCACGCGUAUUUGGAUCGAUCAUGUUUCCAUGACCAAUUGCGACGAUGGCCUCAUUGAUGUCGUUAGUGCUUCCACGGCUGUUACUAUCUCCAAUUGCCAUUUCACCAGACACAAUGAUGUUUUGUUAUUUGGUGCAACUGAUAGCUUCACUGGUGAUAAAGUGAUGCAAGUGACUUUGGCUUUCAACCAUUUCGGGAGAGGAUUGGUUCAGAGGAUGCCGAGGUGCAGGUGGGGCUUCGUUCAUAUUGUAAACAAUGACUACACUCAUUGGCUAAUGUAUGCAAUUGGUGGAAGCCAACAACCCACCAUCAUCAGCCAGGGCAACCGAUUUGUCGCUCCAAAUAACCAAGCUGCAAAAGAAGUGACAAAAAGAGAAUAUGCACCAGAAAGUGAGUGGAAAUCAUGGGAUUGGAGAUCAGAAGGUGAUUUAUUGAUGAAUGGAGCCUUCUUUAUUGAGUCUGGGAAGAAAGUCACGAAUGCUCCCAAGACAGACCUCAAAGCAAUGCCUGCAAAAAGCGUAGCGGAUCUCACUCGCUUUGCAGGUCCUAUAAAAUGUCAAGUGAACAAGCCGUGCUGAACAAAAUACAUUGGAAUGAUGUUAAUAUUAGAGACACGUUGUAACAUAAAUAAGUCAAGUACAUAUAUCAGACCCUAAGCGAACGAAUGCUUCCGUGGUUUUUUAAUUUCUUUUACUCGCUUUGUGUACAUUCUUCCUUUUCCCUUGUUUUUAUAAUUUGAGGGAUCAGGUAAAGAGAAUAGAAGAACUAUGAUGUACAUAGUGUAAAAUAAUGCAAAGCACAUUUUUUUUUUAAGGAA